GCCUGCAGUCUUCAGUCUUGUAUAAAAUAAUUUAUACACUAAAUUCUAAACUCUUGAGAGCAAUAGCAAGAAAAAUUGAUCAUCAUUAAAAUAAGUCCCAGCAAUUGGCCUCCAACAGUGCUGUGCAUCCGACGAAUUUCCCAAAAAUAAAAUCGAUGAGUUUUCCAACAAACAACAAAAACACAACACAACAACCACAGUCCAACAGCAGAAAAAAAUAGCAACAAACUACAACGAAGCGACACGAAGUAUCCACCGAAUGAGGAAAGUACUCUUACACGCUGUGAACUCACUCAUGCUACACACACAUACACCCAUAAAACUGAAUACGAGCCAACAACUGAUCGAGCUAUUUGAUCGCAAUUGGAACGAUCUUGUGUCAUUCUUCGCUCGCACCUCAAAAACGAUCGACGUCUUGGUUUCAGUCUCGGGGAUUAUGACUUAAACCAGAAGAUUUUUAAUUUCUGAGAUUUAAGUUUUUCAUACGCGCACAUAUAUAGUAUAUAUAUAUAUGUUUGGAAAAAUAAUAAUUUACAUAGAGUUUUCGUAUAAUUUGUAUUAUAACUGAGGUGAAAAAGAGAGUUUAUUUCAAACGGAAAAUACAAAAUAUAAUUUUAACGCGAUAAAAAUUACACUAUAACGCCGCAAAGGAUAACGAAACACCUACGAAAAGCGAUAAAUCAGUGUUUUGAAGUGAAAAAAAAUAAAGAUAUACAUAUAUAUAGGUAGUGAAAUCAGUCAACGUAUAUAAAGGAAGCAGCUGUAGCAAAAAUCACAUAGUGUUUAAAAUCGGAUAGUUACACUUAAGUGGCAUCUUUUUGGUUUGCAUCGCACCGCAACCAUCAAGUCCCAGUCUUAUAUCUAUCCGAUAUCGUAAUAUUCAGUGAGUUAGCUGCACAAAGUCACUAAAUACCUUCAGUUAUCAUUUUAAAUGCGCUAUAACUAGUGUUAUAUAACGAAAAUGCAACGAGAAAAUUCGAAUCCGCUCCAACAGCAGCAACAGCUGCAAUCGCAAUCGCAGUCGCAGUCGCAGUCUCAUCAAGAAAUGCAACAAUUCUCGAGUCAACAACAAUACUCGAGCAUGCAGCAGCAGCAACAAAGGAUUAGCCGCACCGAACAACGCACCGUCCAAAGUCAGCAACAAAUCACUCAACAAAGAGGUCAGUUUGCCGCAAUGGCGAAUGAUCACUCAUCAUUCAUGUGGAAAAUAUGUCAUAUGUCAUGA